AUCUAUGGACUACUAUAAGUAGAUACCAUAUUCUGCAAAAGAUACAGUUCGUUCUUGGACGUAACAUCUUUCACAUCCAGCCGAUCAUGCUUGUCGUCCAGAAUUUCCAGCUUAUGAUCUGCCUUAUGACAUCUUUUUACUGGACAUCUAUGGGUUAUGUUGCUAAUGAGAAAAAUAAGAGGAACGAUCCCAUUCCAGUAUUACAACAAGGUCGGAGUUUGAAACCAGUUAGUGACGAAUGGGCGUUUUUUCUCCGAAAGGGGCGAUCACCAGUUUUUGAUUUCUUACCAUUUUCAUAUCUCAUGGUCGAAGAUAUGCUUUUCAAAAGUUCUGAAAAGGCAAAUGAUCCUAAGCUCGUUUUACACGUUUUUACUCCAAGAAUUGGCCGAAAGAAGAGAUCCAUGCUCCAAGAACAUGGUGCGGACGACCAAACAGAUUGGCUUGGCAACUUAGCAGUCGAAGAUGGAGGUGUCCAAAAUAUUUUUCGGCAAGUUAUUCCAACUCCCUAUGUUAGCCGCAAAAUUUUAGAUGGUGAUAGCAUAGACGAAGUCAAAAGGGUCUUUUUCACCCCCCGGAUAGGGCGUGCGCCAUUUAUUCCUCGAAUCGAAAGAGCAAAUCCAAACAAAUCUUCUGAUUUUGCAUUAAUUCCUCUUACAGGCCGAGCUCCAUAUAUUUCCAAAAUCGGUACAAUGGACAACUGAGUUUUCAAGAAAACAAACGAAAUUUGAUUUCAAUACACGAUUUAUGAAUGCAUGUUUUAGUAUUUUGUAUCAAUAAUGGUAUUCAAAACUAAAUGUUAAAACCAGCACUAAAGAAAAAUAAUAAGUGUAAUUGUAUAUUACACAUCGCAAAAACAAAGAAUAAAGGAAUUUAUGAAGCAAGUAUAA